CUUCAGACUUCGGGGAGGAGAGGAAGGACGGAGGGAGCAGGGACAGAGACUGCAGAAUUGGGGCUGGAGGAGAGGAGGGAGGCCCACUUUUUUUUUCGUUUGUUUUGUUUUUUAACCUGCGGUGCCGGCCUCUCCCCUGUUUGCUCUGAGAUACCAGUCUUGCUCCUGCCCAGCCCGGGCGGCUACCCUUGGGUGCUCCCUUCCCUCCCCGACACCCAGACCGACCUUGAUCGUCCACCUGGCAGGAGCAGGACAGGACGGAUGGACGCGGCCAUGGCCGAGCUCCCGGGGCCCUUUCUCUGCGGGGCCCUGCUAGGCUUCCUGUGCCUGAGUGGGCUGGCCGUGGAGGUGAAGGUACCCACGGAGCCGCUGAGCACGCCCCUGGGGAAGACAGCCCAGCUGACCUGCACCUACAGCACGUCGGUGGGAGACAGCUUCGCCCUGGAGUGGAGCUUUGUGCAGCCUGGGAAGCCCAUCUCUGAGUCCCAUCCAAUCCUGUACUUCACCAAUGGUCAACUAUAUCCAACUGGUUCUAAGUCAAAGCGGGUCAGCCUGCUUCAGAACCCCCCCACAGCGGGGGUGGCCACACUGAAACUGACUGACGCCCACCCAUCAGAUACGGGAACCUACCUCUGCCAAGUCAACAACCCACCAGAUUUCUACACCAAUGGGUUGGGGCUAAUCAACCUUACUGUGCUGGUUCCCCCCAGUAAUCCCUUAUGCAGUCAGAGUGGACGGACCUCUGUGGGAGGCUCUACUGCACUGAGGUGCAGCUCUUCCGAGGGGGCUCCUAAGCCAGUGUACAACUGGGUGCGUCUUGGAUCUUUUCCUACACCUUCUCCUGGCAGCAUGGUUCAAGAUGAGGUGUCUGGCCAGCUCAUUCUCACCAACCUCUCCCUGACCUCCUCGGGCACCUACCGCUGUGUGGCCACCAACCAGAUGGGCAGUGCAUCCUGUGAGCUGACCCUCUCUGUGACCGAACCCUCCCAAGGCCGAGUGGCCGGAGCUCUGAUUGGGGUGCUCCUGGUCAUGCUGCUGCUGUCAGUUGCUGCGUUCUGUCUGAUCAGGUUCCACAAAGAGAGGGGGAAGAAGCCCAAGGAGACAUAUGGGGGUAGUGACCUUCGGGAGGAUGCCAUUGCUCCUGGGAUCUCUGAGCACACUUCUAUGAGGGCUGAUUCUAGCAAGGGGUUCCUGGAGAGACCCUCGUCUGCCAGCACCGUGACAACCACCAAGUCCAAGCUCCCUAUGAUUGUGUGACUUCUCCCGAUCCCUGGGAGGGCGGUGAGGGGGAAAAUCAAUAAUUAAAGUCUAUGGGUACCA